GAGUUGCAGAAUCCUUUCUCUUUCGCUCACCGUCGUCGUCGAGUCUCUGUGUGUGUCGAGAUCGUGAAUACCUAGCAGCAGCAAGGAUGCCGGCCGGACACGGGCUGCGAUCCCGCACCAGGGACUUGUUCUCCAGGCCCUUCCGCCACAAAGGUUACAUCCCCUUGACUACCUACUUGCGGACCUUCAAGGUCGGCCAGUAUGUGGACAUCAAGGUGAACGGAGCCGUUCACAAGGGUAUGCCCCACAAGUUCUACCACGGCCGCACUGGAAUUGUCUGGAACGUCACCAAGCGCGCCGUCGGCGUUGUGAUGAACAAGCAGGUCGGGAACAGGAUCAUCCAGAAGCGUCUUCAUGUGCGCAUCGAGCACGUUCAGCCUUCACGCUGCCGGGAAGAGUUCCUCGAGCGCCGUAAGAGCAAUGACAUCAAGAAGGCUGAGGCCAAGGCUAAGGGUGAAACUGUGAACCUCAAGCGUCAGCCUGCUGGUCCAAGGGAUGGAUUCGUUCUGGACUCCUCUACUCUAGAGACUGUUACUCCCAUUCCAUACGAUGUCGUUAACGACCUCAAGGGUGGAUACUAAUUUUCGUCUCUUAGAUGUAUUGCGGAUGAACUAAUUGUAUCUCUACCAUCUGAUUACAAGGGGCAUCAAGGCGAACUUCUCUGUUGGGAUGGAGUCACUGCUUUGAAUCGAGUUUACUUUCUGCCUCUA